CGCUGCGCAGUGCAUUGUGGGGCGGAAGAGGAGAGUCACCGCUCUGCUAGGGCCGCCAUCUUGCCUGCGUCCGGACUUGCUCCCGUUUUCGGGGCCUGCUCCUUCUGCUCGCAGCGCAAAGCGGUGGAAACGGAGAGGACGAGGGGCCCGCCCGAGCGGUGCCGAUGCGUGUAGAGCCUCCUCGCACCUCUCUCGAGCGCCGCUAGCGAAGGGGGCGGGGGUGGUCGGGCGGUCGCUGGCGCGGCCUCUCCUUUCCUCUGCCGGGAUGGGUCGGUCCCGCAGCCGUAGCUCGUCCCGCUCCAAGCACACCAAGAGCUCUAAGCACAACAAGAAGAACCGGAGCCGAUCGCGAUCCCGCUCCCGGGAGAAGGAGCGGGCGCGGAAGCGCUCAAAGUCCCGGGAGAGCAAACGGAACCGGCGCCGGGAGUCCCGGUCCCGGUCCCGCUCCAACACGGCACCCUCCUCCCGCCGCGACCGGGAGCGGGAGCGCGAUCGCGCCUCCUCCCCGCCCGAUCGCAUCGACAUCUUCGGGCGCACGGUGAGCAAGCGCAGCAGCCUGGACGAGAAGCAGAAGCGGGAGGAGGAGGAGAAAAAAGCAGAGUUCGAGCGGCAGCGGAAAAUUCGUCAACAAGAAAUUGAAGAGAAACUCAUAGAGGAAGAAACUGCUCGAAGAGUGGAAGAGCUUGUGGCUAAACGUGUAGAAGAAGAGUUGGAGAAAAGGAAGGAUGAGAUUGAGCGAGAGGUUCUCCGCAGGGUGGAGGAGGCUAAGCGCAUCAUGGAAAAACAGUUGCUCGAAGAACUCGAGCGACAGCGACAAGCUGAACUUGCAGCACAAAAAGCCAGAGAGGAAGAAGAGCGUGCAAAGCGUGAGGAACUAGAGCGAAUACUAGAAGAGAAUAAUCGAAAAAUUGCAGAAGCACAAGCUAAACUGGCUGAAGAACAAUUGAAAAUUGUUGAAGAACAAAGAAAGAUUCAUGAGGAGAGGAUGAAACUAGAACAAGAGAGACAACGUCAGCAAAAAGAAGAGCAAAAAAUGAUCCUGGGCAAAGGAAAGUCUAGGCCAAAACUGUCCUUCUCACUAAAAAGCCAGGAUUAAAUUGCAACUCUGAACUCUUAAAAGAAACAAACAAAAAACCCAACAAAAAAGGAAAACAAAAAAAAACUUUGUAUGGUAGCUUCAUGUUGAAGUGUUGGUUGGUUUGGGUUUUUUUUGUUCUUUUUGGUUUUUUCCUCUUUUAUUUUUUUCCCCUCUCUUUUUUUGGUUUUGGUUUUUUUUUUUGUCUUUUGAAAGUCUGGAAAGUUAGCUUGUUCUAAUAGGGGCUGUGCUCUGCAAUUCUUAAAUAUUUUUUUUUUAAAACUUCCAUUAAGUUAAACCCUUAUCAGAUCAUUGUUGCCUUUUAGAGGGUAAUCUGUUCUCAUCAAUUUUCUUUCUGUGGUAGUGGUCUGAAGCAGAUCAGGUCACUUUGUGAAUUGUGGAUGAUCUGAUAAGGUUUUACUGACCUACUCAUCAGAGUUUGACUCUGAUAAUUGACAGAACUUUAUACUGGGUAUUGCUGACUUUUAAUAUUUUUAUUUUUUUUUAAGUCAGUAAAUACAUGAGUAAAUUGCCAUAGUAUUACUGGACCUCUGUGGUUUAUUGUUAAAUCAGUGUCCUAUGAUACUGUCACAUUGUUGCGCUUGAUGUUCCUGAUACAGGUAAGGAAAUAGUUUGUCAUACCUGCUAUGAAUACAUAGAGGGAGUUCAGUAUUGUCUCUGUUAGAUUUGUUUUUAUUACAUUGACAGCAUUCAACCAGCGUUCCCCAUUGUGUAAAUAAACCAAUUUGCUGAAUAAAGUGAAAGUCUUAAAUUCA